GAUACUCUGGUCUCCCCACGCAGCAGCGCUGCUUCAACGGGAUCUUCAGCGGUGUGCCCCCAAGCUGCUCGGGCAACCCUUGCUCCUUCGAAGGCUUUCAGCUCGGCAAGGGGGUCAACGCUUCUACCUGCUUCGGUCUCGUGACACGGGAGACGUGCACGCUCACCUGCUUGCGGGGCCAUACCAUUCAAGGAAACGACCUCGUCUUGACGUGCCAAGCCAGCGGCGAGUUCACCGCCACAGAUGCCGUGUGUGUACCUGCACAGUGUGGUGACCUUGCCUUGGUCUCGCCAUUUUCGUCCGCUUCCGUAGAUGAUUCCUGCUAUGACGGAAAUGUCAACAAGCAGUUUGGUGAGGUCUGCUUCGCCUUCUGCGCUCCCGGGUAUAGCCUUGACAGCAAUGCCACACUCCUCAUGUGCGAGGAGGCACCUGACAGCAGCGCCGGCUUCAAGGAAAUGGCAGGAGCUGCGACACACGAUGCAGAGAUGAGCUCUGGGCCCACAUGCACGCCGAAGCCCUGCGUCCGGGGGAUACCCAAUAUGCGGGGAACGAGCAGCGACUGCCUGGGCAAGCGCACUGGCGAAGGCUGCACCAUUA